GGGCCGGGGCGGCCGCGGGGCCCCGGCAGGGCCGGGCCGGGCCGGGCCAGGCUGGGGGUUCGGGUGUGCGGGGUCCGGCCGGGCACAGCACCAGCCCCGCGCCCGGCAGGCGCUGCCGGCGGGAGGAGGCCGCGCUCGGAGGCUUCAGUUAAAUCCCCAGAGGGACUUCAGACAGCAGCUCGUGCAUCUUGCAGUGCCUUUUUGGAAGGUUUGAUCUUGGCUGCCUCCAGCUGUGUGAUAUUCAGGAGAGCAGCCAUGGCCAUCCUGUUCGCCGUCGUGGCCAGGGGCACCACCAUCCUGGCCAAACAUGCCUGGUGUGGAGGGAACUUCCUGGAGGUGACUGAGCAGAUCCUGGCCAAAAUCCCAUCCGAGAACAACAAGCUGACCUAUUCCCAUGGCAGUUACCUGUUCCAUUACAUCUGCCAGGACAGGAUCAUUUACCUGUGCAUCACAGAUGAUGACUUUGAGCGCUCCAGAGCCUUCACGUUCCUGAACGAGAUCAAGAAGCGGUUCCAGACCACGUACGGCUCCCGAGCGCAGACUGCCCUGCCCUAUGCCAUGAACAGCGAGUUCUCCUCUGUGCUGGCUGCACAGCUGAAAUACCACUCGGAGAGCAAGGGCCCAGACCAGGUGGCAGAGACACAAGCCCAGAUCGAUGAGCUCAAAGGGAUCAUGGUCCGGAAUAUAGACCUUGUGGCACAAAGAGGAGAGAAGCUGGAGCUGCUGAUUGAUAAGACAGAGAAUCUCGUGGAUUCGUCAGUCACUUUCAAAACCACCAGCAGGAACCUUGCCCGAGCCAUGUGUAUGAAGAACCUCAAGCUCACCAUCGUUAUCAUCAUCGUGUCUAUUGUGAUCCUGUACAUCAUCCUGUCGGCCAUAUGUGGUGGGCUGGCCUGGCCCAGCUGUGUGCAGAAGUAACUGGAGCUGGAGCUGCUCACCAGGAGAUGAGGCAGAGUGUGAAGAGGGAACCUCCAGAGUGACUCCAGCCUGUUACCAGUGCCACCUUCCAUCUCCCAUCCCUCCAGGACUUGAGACUUUUUGCCUUACCCCCCAGACAGACCCAGCCGGUCGCUGCUCCCGCAGCUGUGACUCAAGAGUGGGCUGGGUUAAUUACUUGAAAGGAUUUUUGUGUUCCUUUUGCUGUCCCGAUGCCACCCCUCCAGAGGGUUCUGUGCACACUGGCCCCAUGUCUGUGCGGCUUCCCCGGCUGGGGACAGGAGUGGCUGCAGCUGUCCCACCUGGGGUCCCACAGAGGUUCAGGGUGGGCUGAGCUAAAAUGGUGGGGUCAGGUGGGUGUGGGUUCCCAGAGCACGUCCUGCACAUCUGGCCACAUCUGGUGUCUCCCAGUGCUGCAGCACGGGGAGGUCACGGUGUCACCCUGGUAGGAGCCAAGGGGCUCUGGGCCUUGUGCACUCUCAGGUGGAGCUGCUGCUGCUGGGGACAUCUCCCUGUUCCUGCAGUGAUCCUGCAGGCCAGGAGGAGGGUGCGGGGUAACCUCAGCGUGUGCCAGGGCUGCCUCUUCAUCCUCACUUCUUCCUCAUCUCCCCCUGGGCUGGUGGCUGAACAGACACAGCAAAGGGGACGCUUACACACGGUUCAGGAUCUGCUUUCUCACAGAUGAUUUCUCCUGCUCUUCUUUGGAGGGUGGACUGCAAUGGAUAUAAUUCUGCCACUGGCUGUGGUGAAUUUGGGGCCAAUCUGGCUUGCUGAGGUGUCAGGGAGCUGCUGCUUGUGCUUCUCCUGGAAGGUGUGCACUGGAACUGGAGGGCAGACAAGGGCUGGAGUUGGUGGCUGGUGACUUUCUCCAAGGUCUGAGGGAGAAAGGCUCUGCCAGAGGAUGACUGUCCUCUGGGAGGAUUUCAAGCCAAACCCAAGGCUGGUAACCAAAUGCAGGCUCAGGGGUGCUGUUUCUGUGCCAGCUGCACAUCUCCAUCCCCAGCCAGGCCUGGCUGAGGAGCUGGAGCUGCUGAGGCCCGGGCAAGGGCUGGGGGCACUUCUCUCCUGGAGCUGAUGGGCUCCUUCCCCAGGGAAAAAAAAUUGAAACACCUUCAGUGGGGGAGGAAUCUGCUUUUGGCCCAGGGAAGUCAUGGGAUGGAAGGGGAGGCUUCUUUUGGUGCCCUGCUUGAACUGGGGUGGCUUUCUAGCUCUCAGUCCUGGUGGGAUCUCGUUCUGUGACUCUGAAGUGGCUUCUGUGACUCACUCAGGCUCUUUUGGUGCCUGAGCUGGAGCACGAAGUUGGUGCCAUGAAGUCCUGGGGACACAGACAGGGUGGGGACGUGGCACUGACCAUAGAGGUUCCCAGCAGGGCCCAGAGUUCUAUAAACAGUUGCUCCUUUGGAUUUGUCUUCCGCUGGGCUAAGUUUGACCAGGAGUGAUUGGAUCUUGAUAUCCACAAAGUGCCAGUGGCCACUGGCACCUGCUUCUCUUUCUGUUCUGAAUGUAAAGCUUGGAGCCCCCUCCCAGCAGCUCCUGCUCCUGCAGCCCUAGGUCCAGCUGUGCAUGUUUUAGGGAUUGUGCUGUUACCACGUUCAUUUGGAUGAUUUCUUGUCUUAUGUACAAAUAAUUUUUAAAAUCUUUCCUUUCCUUCUCAAGGAUGCACUGAGGCAUUAGUGUAAAAAAACCAUUACCUUGAUUUCAAUUAAAUUCCUGUACAGAAA